GACAGACAGUACUUUUUUCUUUAAUAUUACAUCCAUGGAUUUUCAAUACUUUCUAGCGUGUACCGAGGCGAGAACUCUACAAGUGCGAAACUUUAUGGAUAAAGCUGAUUUUCCUACUGUAUCGAUCGAUAAUGCCAGACCCAUAAGCAUUCAUUGGAAGAAAAAUAACUUUGCAAAAGCUAUUGUUUAGCCUAUUUAUCUUGUACAUUAUGAUCUUGAAAUUGGAUAUUAAUUAUAUUGCUCACAAUAAUAAUUAAUCAGCGUAAAGGAGGUUUAUUAAUUGAAUGUCCAUUUUUGUGGAAAUGUGAGAGAUUUAAUGCGGUGUUAAAGAGACAGCAGCGUGAUAUGAGGUUGAGUGUCGCGUUAAGAAUGGUUCCAACACACCGAGACUUGUAUGAGAUAAUAUAUCAAAGGAUAUUCGCGUGGGAUGUGUACAAAUACUAAGCCUCUUUGAGGUUUUGUGAUUCAAAUAUUAAACAAAUUGUGUAAUUGAUUUAGCUUCAAAAAGAUCGCGUUCAUGUUUGAUUAAAAAAACAACGUCGAAUGCGUGCCAAUCAAUCGUGAUUAAGUAAAUGCUUUUUGGAAACUGUUUGCUUUCUUUGAAAUAUAAACAAGGAUAACAGAUGGGUAUCGUUGAAACAACUAAACAGGUACCGAUAUUUUGAUUGUCCUUAAUAAUUUCAUUUCUUCUCUUUUAUAUGCAUGGAACGGUAUGUCAACAGACUUGAAAUCAGGCAAUGAAGUAUAAUUAUGUUUUAAUUGAUUACUAAUCAAUAGUUCAUACCAUAGAUUAGAAAUGUAUAUGCUGACACUAUAUCAGAUAUCUCAACAGUAUUUCGGUAUUUAUUAAACAUUGAUUGUGAAAACGAAAUAGGAACCGCGGCAGAUGUUGCUUUAAUCCAUACUUAGAUAAAAAGAAUUAGUUCAUCUAUACUAAAACAAACAAUGAUCUCUGGAGUGGGUUGAACAGGAGGGAUUACGGUUUUUUGUUGAGAUAGAAUUAUUUAUUUGUGUAAUAGUGAAAGGUUAUCUUUUCUCGCGUACAUCAAAAUAUUUUGCUUUCUCUUAUUUUUUUUAUUCUGUAAGGAUUGUUUUAUCUCUCAAACAAAUCAUGAAGUAUGCAAAUGAAAAUGAAUGUUUGCCAACAGAUGAGCAAAACAGUUUACAGCUGUGAUAAAGACACUGAAAAAGUUAAUAUAAACCGAACUAUGACUGUUAUAUAAAAUUCGGGAUCUGGCGAUAAAUAAUUGGCUGUGAGAGACUUAGGAAGAAGAAUUAUUCAUGAAGUCAAAAAGUGCUUAAGAAAGGAAUGAGGGCUUUGGCGCAGUUUGGCGUUCUGGUAGUUUGGAGCAGUCUAGCUGUUCUUGCACACUGUCGCCCAAUCAACGUUGGAGUUCUGAAUUCUUCGUACCAAUCCUGGAUUGACAUUCUUCAGCAGUAUGGUAGAAUAAAUGGUUCCACACACAUUGAAACAUACUCCUUGUUUGAAAAAUAUACGUUUACUUCACUCGAUAUAGAAAAAGAAAUAAAUACGACAAGAAGAGCUAAUCUAGUUGCAGUUGUUGGCCAAUACAAUCGUUUAUAUUCAAGUUUAACUGACCACCUUCGAAUCCCUUACUUCAUUACGUCAUCUGUACCACGUGAUGAGAUUCCAUCCCCUUUUCAUAUACAAAUGAUUCCAGAUUUACAAAUGUAUACGAGAGCAAUACGAGACUUAUUUGAGCACUACCGCUGGAAAAAUGCCGGUGUUCUAUAUAAUACUGAAAAUGGCGCAUCGCUGGCUGCGUUAAUGAUGGAACAUUUGAAUGGUAAAAGCGACUUGUAUGACAUACGAGCUUAUGACGUCCAACUUAACUCUUCUGCAGAAGUUGUCCGAUGGGCCCUUAAGGACCUUAGGAGAAAACUUGUUACAAAUUUUCUUAUUAUAUGCUCACCUGAAGUUGCUGAUAUUGUUUUGACUCAGGCAUUAUACCUGAGCCUACUUUCCCGUCCAAACAGCUGGCUUAUUGUUACCCUGGGUUCUGGUGAUAUAGAAAUGUCGCAAUAUAUAGAUUCCAGGGCAAAUCUAACACUUCUUCGCCUUAUGGUAGAUCCCCAAACACCCCACUGUGCCUUGCCAGACAGCGAAAUUAGCCUUACUAAAGCUCUUUACUAUGAUGUGUUUAGAAUAAUUAAUGGAACUUAUGAUGUAAAAACACCUGACGAUGAAAAAGAUAAAAUAUCCCGCUCAGAUCUUCGCCGACAGGUUAAAACGCAGAUAGAUAUAAAUGGUUGUACAGGUCCGCUUAACUUUACCAGACAAGGAAAACGCAACGAAACCUAUUUACAAAUGAUUGCUCUUGAGGGGCUCGUCGAUGGAGCGGGAUUCAACGCGUUGUGGGAGACAAAGUCCCACUGGGACGAUGAUUUUAGACCUUGGCUUGUGAAACUGUCAGGGACUUGGUACAGUGGGGGAAAAUCAACAGAAAAACGAGUACAGCCAUCACGCUCCUACAGUACAAUGCUUUCGCAAAACAACAAUAUCUUCGCAGACAGGAUACUUAGAGUAACAACGCUCAUCGAACCACCGUUUAUUCAAUGGAAAAAUAAAACACCAGAGGAAGGUUUGACAAUGGGAAACGACAAAUUUGAAGGAUUCUGUAAAGACAUUAUUGAUGAAAUUGCUAAAAUGCUGAACUUUCAAUACAAUUUGUCAGUCGUUCCAGACCGUAAAUUCGGCAGUUUAAAACCCCCACCAAGAUAUUGGACAGGCAUGAUCAGACACUUGCUGGAUGAUAAAGCUGAUGUUGCUUUGGCACCAUUCAGUAUAACACCCGAUCGGAGCGCUGUUGUUGAUUUCACAAAGCCGUUUAUGACGAAAGGAACAAGUGUUGUUGUCAGAAAACCAGAGAGGAGUGUUUGGCCUUUUCAGUUUUUAUCACCUUUGUCAAAGAUAGUUUGGAUUGCCAUAUUUCUUUCAUUUAUAUUCGUUGGAUUGUUUCUCUUUGUUGUGACAAGAAUAACAAAUGACGAUAAGACCGAUUUCAGAGAUGACUUAAAAAUGAGUUUUUGGUAUGUAUGGGGGACACUCUUGAGAGCAGACUUGUCAGGCUCUCCUUUAGCAAUGAGUGGUAGAAUAAUCAGUGCUACUUGGUGGUUCUUUAGUUUAAUCAUUAUAUCAAUAUACACUGCUAAUCUAGCUGCAUUUUUAACCAUAUCAAAUGCACAUAUACCCAUAAGUUCAGCAGCAGAUUUAGCAAAUCAAGACGAAUAUAAUUAUGGUACAGUUGAAGAUGGUCAGAUAGAAUCAUUCUUCAACAAUACUCGAAUUAGUCAUUAUGAACAAAUGCGUGCAUACAUGAUAGUGUAUAAUCCUGACUCCAAAGUGAAACGGGUCGAGCACGGGUUUGCACGUGCAAUGAAGGAAAAAUAUGCAUUCAUCUGGGACUCUCCGACUGUGAGACACGAAACUGCUAAUAAUUGUGAUUUAAUGGAAAUUGGAACACCGUUUGAUUUAAAAGGAUAUGGAAUAGCAACACAAAAACAUUCAAAGUAUUCCGAACCGUUAUCAAUGGCGGUUUUAGCACUAAAUGAUAAUGGAAUUCUGUACAGGCUCGAGGGAAAGUGGUGGAGACGCCCAAAUUGCCCUGAUCCAAGAUCAAAUGCCAAAAGCAAAGAAAUUGAGAUAGAAGUUGCCUCAGGGAUGUUUAUAGUUCUUCUUGGUGGAAUAAUCCUGUCGGCUGUUGUCUGUGUUAUACAGUAUAUUGUACAUAAACACUGCAAAUUAUGUAGAAAGCUCUUUGCACCAAGGGAACCGGAAAUUCAAAGCAAUCAUAAUCAUGUGACUACAUCACUGGAGGACCAUGUAGAUGAAACAACAGUUGUAUUGUCAAGAACGUUGAGUAUUGGUGAAAAUUGUGUCAAUACCAAUAAAUGGGAAAACAACCAUGCGUGCGCUAAUUCAUCUGUUACGUGACACAGACAAAAUCGUAUAUUUUGAGAAAACUAAUAUUUCCGAGAACGAACUGACACAAUUGAUGGGUUUAGAAAGUUGUGACUUUGUCUGGACUUGUGAACGGAGAGCAGUUUUAUAUGACGAACGGGACAGAGACGGUCAUGAAUCAUUUGCGGAAGGUUUGAUAUGUUAUGUCAGAUGAGAAUGUGAUGUUUGAGGCAAUGAAACGGGGAGGUAUAGUUUUGAUUUAUCUGGUUUUCAUCCUUUACAGAUAAAAGCUUUGCGUCGUGAAAAAUAUAUGAUCGCUUAGGCCAAAAUCUAUGGAGCAUAUCUAACCACUUUACUUUGUGAAAAUACACAAAUGAGAAUGUAUGCAAUAGAUUAUAUGUGCAGUGGAUGAUAUGAUAUUUCUGAUUGGCACAAAUGUGAAAUGUGUUGAAUUUGAAUAUCGUUCAAUUGUAAAUAGUGUCCAGAUUGAAUGCAAUGCACUGUUUUGUGAUGAUUUAACCACCUAUGUUUAUUAUUCAUGUUACUAUUUGAUCCCUGUUUCUGUAUAUUUUAUACGUAUAAUAUAAUAAUAUUCAUUGUCUUUGAAUUUGUUUUCAAAUUGGUGGUUUAGUAGAUGUAAUUAAAUGUGAUUAUAAAGAAGCAAUUUCAUGCUUGCCUCUUUUUGAGUUUCAAUUUUUAUGACGUUAUCGCACGUUCUGCUUUAAAAGCAUGUACACAACUGUCAAAAGAAAUAUUUACAGAUUUUAUUACUAUUCACCAAAGAAUGAUAAUUAAAUAGCUGUCGUUAACCUUUUCCAAAUAAUAAAGUACAAUAUUUCCCGGAGGGAACGGUCAGUAUUUAUUUGAUGAUAAACAUGUGAUAUUUGUAACAAAAUUACUAAAAAGUAUUCUGCUAUUACCACAAAGAAACGACCAUUAUUUCUUUUUUAUACUGUUCUAUUUAAAUCUAAAAAGUAUGUAAAAAGUCCAUUUUAUAACGUUUAUUGAGCUAAGACAUAAUUUUAACACCUGCUAAAUUGGCUUUUUAUCCAUGUUUCAAAACAUCUUGCUCUUAUGAAAAAUGUAAAGUUCAUGUGUAUGUUAAUGUCAAGCACCACUAUUUCUUGUAUAUAGAAUGACAUUCAGUCACAUAUAGCAAUGCAACUGAGCAAGGAGGAAAACACUAUUAAGAGUUGAAAAUUAAGUACCGCUCAAGCCGGUGCUAGGGGGCGUGAGGGAUGUUGCACUUAUUUAUUAUCCCUCAUGUACAGACUCGAUUAAACCGAGUCUGCAAUUUUCAUGUAAUUUUGUUGUGAUUAAUGCUUCCGAGGGUUCACUUUGUUUCCAGAUUUUUAUUAUGUUUUUUGCGGUGAAAUAACUAAGAGUUUUGAAGAUGAUUUAAUUUUUUUUAUUAAACUUUAGGAGUCAUUGAAAUGUUAAUUAAUUCACAAAGAUAGACAAAUAAGACAUCUAUGUUAUGUAUAAUUGUACACAUUUGCUUAUCUCAUCUUUGUUAAGGUAUUUGAUAUUGAGUGUAUGGGUUUGAACAUAUGGUCUGUUUUGACACAAAUGUUUGUUUAUGUUACAUCCAUUAUAAAUAACAUGUUUUCACAAACACUACAAUACAAUAUAUGAUAUUCAUAAUGUUUGGACAAAAUUGCAAAAUAUUGAAUAAAUUGUAGAAAGAAAAA